AUGUCAGAUGUUGCAGAAAUAGCAGAAUAUGAACAAGCAGAUCUAAAAGGAACCAUAGAUAACAGUCUAUCAAGAAAAAUAAAAGAUAUAAUAGCAGGUUUCAUAGGUGGAGGAGUUCAAGUACUUAUAGGUCAACCAGCAGAUUUAGUUAAAAUAAGACUACAAACAACACAAGCAACUUCUUCAGUGCAGGUUAUUAAAGACGUUAUCAAAAAUGAAGGAUUAUUAGCAUUUUAUAAAGGUACAUUACCACCUCUUGUGGGAGUAGGUAUAUGUGUUUCAUUACAAUUUUAUGGAUUUCAUGAAACUAAAAGACAAAUAUUACAAUACACGGGUCAGAACAAGCUCAAUCUUUGGCCUCAGACUUAUAUUGCUGGUGCUAUGGCUGGUGUUGUUAAUACUCCCGUGGCUUCACCUGUAGAACAAUUAAGAAUCUUGAGUCAAUCUUCAUCUGGUGAGUCUAUAUCAAUGUUGAAUACUAUAAAAAGAAUAUAUAAUACUCAAGGUUUGGGUGGGAUAUAUAGGGGUUUUAAUAUAACGUUGUUGAGAGAAUUUCAAGCUUAUGGAGUUUGGUUUUUGACAUAUGAAACAUUAAUACAAAAUAUUAUUAAAUAUCAUAAUUUUAAAUCACGAGAUCAAAUAUCAACUCCAGAAUUAUUAGCAAGUGGUGCAUUAGCUGGGAAUGCAUUAUGGUUAAGUUCUUACCCACUAGAUGUUAUAAAAUCAAAUAUACAAAGUGAUGGAUUUGAUUCGGCAAGUAAAUUUAAUGGAAGUAUUUUAAAAGCAACUAGAUAUAUUUAUCAACAGCAUGGAUUUUAUGGAUUCUGGAGAGGUUUAACUCCUUGUUUAUUAAGAGCUGUUCCUUGUAGUGCAGGUACUUUUGCAAGUGUUGAAUUAGCUUUACGAGUAAUGGGAUAA